ACCCGCAACGUUUUUGAUGUAGCUGAUUUUACGGACAAAACGGAAUAAUAUAGAAUAAUUGCCGUAAGAUUUCAUGCGUGAGAGUCUGGUAGCGGGAGUGUCACGCCGAGUCCGUGAGAGCCGGCGGCCCUGCGAUGCGUCUCGGCUGCCUGCGUAUGAUCCCAAGACGCAUUUUAAAACGAAGUGUAAACACGGCCUUCAGCACCUUCUGCGUCGUCAAACGACUUUUCAUUGCGUUUCAUAUGGAUUUCCAUCUUCACGGAGGAAAGUUAUUAGCUGCUAUCAACGCUACUGUGUACUGUCCUUAUAUUGGCAAAAAAGCAAGUCCCGACAAGUGCUUUUUGAAAGCAGGGCAUGAUUGACACGCUCGUAAGGUGACGGACGGUGGGCUGGUUUGGAUGUCCAUCUGCGCCUUCUUGCAGGUCGCAGUGAGACUUAGAGAAGAUUUGAGCCAUUGGCUUUCCAGAAGGCAUCUGAGCAGCUUCAGAGGGACCACAAGAAGAAGCUGACUGUCUGCAGCUUUCUUGCGCGGGUUGUGGAUGGGAAAGAGCAAGAUGUCCAAUAUGACAGUGAUGAGCGAAUAACCCCAUUGAUGUCAGCCAUUCCCCUCUGGGAGUCCCUGCAGGACGUGGUGGUGGAUAAAGCCCUCUUCAACAACAUCAAGAAUUUGCUUUUUAUCCAGGCCGUGGCCGUGCAUGUGGAGAGAGGUGAUUACGUCAAGGCACAGUGGGUCCUGGACUGGCUGAAGGAAGAGUUCAUCUUUUCCCCAAAUCUGAAGAUGAAGCUCUCCAUGAUUCUCAACAAGAAGGAUGCGUACCAUACGUUUCUGACGACCUUCAGCUUUGUCAGCUUGGUGGAGAAUAUAAAGGUGUUCUUGGACCAGUUCCUGGAGGAUCAUCCCUCUGACUGUAUCUUUAAGGCAGCGUCAAAGGAGACACAGUCACGUCUGGAAGCAGGGCAGAUGAGCAGCGGGGAUGAGGAAUCCUCAGAGAACACGAAGGAGCCAUCCAGGAUGGACGAGGCAGAGACGAAACUCAAGGCAUCAGAUCUAAAUCAAACUGUGGGGGCCUCAACGUCCUGCCACUUAAAAACAAGGGCAAAAAGAAGUUUAUUUCCUAAACACAAUAUUUUGCCGUGGAGACCAGACAGCAGCAAGAAACCUCGAAGUAGCCAUCACACGCACUUUAACAUGAGGGGGAGAGACCGUUCUACCUGCCAGCCUUCCCAGCUGCAGAAGUCGGCAAAUCCAUCAAGUAGAGCAACAAGAAAGAAAUGGACGUAUGAAGAAGACCGGGACUUGAAGAGCGGCGUGUUCCGUUACGGCAUGGGCAACUGGGCCAAGAUCCUGCAGGAGUUCGACUUUGAGGACCGCACCAAUGUCAUGCUGAAGGAUCGGUGGAGAACACUGCAGAAGCAGAAGAAGGUGGGAGGGAGGUGAUGAGCUGGACAGGGGCCAGGGUGCUCACGCCAGCCCUGAUCCCACACCGUCAGCAUCCUGCGGCCCUGCAAGUCUGGGUGAAUCUCUUAGGUCCCUGUUUUUGUGACCAAAAGACCCCAUUGGUCACUUCAGGCUUCGCGUGAAUGCAGACUUGGGUUCACCAUCUCCCCCUUCAGAGAGAUUACUUCCAUGGCUCUGUCAUGUACUACAGAAAUUCCCUGCCACCGAUGGUUUUCCAGAAAGUACCACCAUCAGACUGAAUUGAGGGAGCUGCAUCGCAGCAUAGGGAGCCUCUUACGGUGGAAUUACAAUUCAUGGUCAGAAGUAGCUUUUCAUGGGUUCCCCAGUUUGAAAAAAUAAACAUUUAAUCUUUUUGAGUAUUCGUUUUAUUUCUUUUUAAGCACACAGAACAUUUUGUGUGUUUCUUUCAACAUACUUUGCAAAGUGCAGCAACCGUAAGCAUUUCUUGAAGCCACCAGAGGGUGCCAGAAAUGUCUGAGCAUUUUAAUUUUGUUAGAUACUUAUUAAAAGCAAGUAUUGGUC